CCCACUGAUCCUAAAGUUGACGACCACCAUGUCUCUCUCGAACAAGCUCUCCAUCACAGAUCUCAACCUAAAGGGCAAGCGUGUCCUCAUCCGCGUUGACUUCAAUGUUCCCAUGCAGGAUGGAAAAAUUACUAACCCCGCUCGUAUUGUGGCAGCAUUGCCCACUAUUAAGUAUGCUCUUGACAACGGCGCGAAGACCGUUGUCCUCAUGUCCCAUCUCGGCCGUCCAGAUGGCAAGGUUGUUGAAAAGUACUCCCUCAAACCAGUCGCUGGCGAGCUCCAAAAUCAUCUCGAAAAACCCGUAAUCUUUCUCCCCGAUUGCGUGGGCCCUGAGGUCGAGAAUGCUGUGAACACUGCCAAGACUGGCUCUGUCAUUCUUCUCGAAAAUCUUCGCUUCCAUAUCGAGGAGGAGGGUUCUGUCAAGAACAAAGAUGGAACAAAAACUAAGGCUGACCCUGCCAAGGUUGCAGAGUUCAGGGAUGCACUUACACGACUCGGUGAUAUUUAUGUCAAUGAUGCCUUUGGCACUGCUCACCGUGCUCACUCGAGUAUGGUCGGCGUCAAAUUGCCCCAACGAGCCGCAGGCUUCCUUGUCAAAAAGGAGCUUGAGUACUUCGCAAAAGCUCUUGAGAAUCCUGACCGACCUUUCCUCGCUAUCCUUGGAGGUGCCAAGGUGUCAGACAAGAUUCAGCUGAUUGAGAAUAUGUUGGAUAAGGUUAACUCUCUUAUCAUCUGCGGUGGCAUGGCUUUCACAUUUUCAAAGACAUUGAACAAUGUAUCCAUUGGAGACUCCCUUUUUGACCAAGCCGGUUCUGAAAAGGUUAAAGCCCUUGUGGAAAAGGCAAAGAAGAACAAUGUAAAACUGGUCUUCCCCAUCGACUUUAUCACUGCUGACAAGUUCGACAAAAAUGCAAAUACCGGGAUUGCAACUGCUGCUGAGGGCAUUCCUAGUGGGUGGAUGGGCCUCGAUGCCGGCCAGAAAAGCCGCGAGUUGUUUCGCCAGACAGUACUCGAGGCCAAGACCAUAUUAUGGAAUGGUCCUCCCGGUGUGUUUGAGUUCCCUGCUUUUGCAGAGGGCUCAAAAGCUCUCCUCGAUGCAAACGUCGAGGCUGCGCAGAGAGGCGUGACCGUCAUAAUUGGUGGUGGUGAUACUGCAACAGUUGCGGCACUCUAUAACGCUGAGGACAAGAUAAGUCACGUCAGUACAGGCGGAGGUGCUAGCUUGGAGCUGUUGGAGGGCAAGAUCCUGCCUGGUGUGGCUGAGCUUAGCGAGAAGUGACUCUACGAAGGAAGGAAGACGGCUUGUUUAUAGAGGGGUUUGUACCUCAGUAUUACAAUGGAAUUGUACUAUAUCAGUUUGUAAAACGCAUAUUUUAGUACGGAUGUGAAAGCAGCAUAGGCGAUCAAGAUGGUGGCCCAAGAGACCUCAUUGCAUGAUCAGUCUUAUCAAGGACUUGCUUAGUGACGUGACUUCUAUAUUAGCUAAUUAUUAUCAAGAUGUUUGAACGUUA